GGACGCGCAACGCGCGGCCUUUAUAUAGAGACCGACUGGGAAGGAGCGCAGAGUCGCCCUGUCCAGCAUGUCGCAGCUCUACCUGAGGACGAUCGCUUUCUUCGACAAGUACGUGCCCCCCAAGCUGCGGCCUCUUUGGGAGCACCCUGCAGGUCCUAAAACUAUAUUUUUCUGGUCGCCGUUCUUUAAGUGGGGGCUUGUAAUUGCAGGCUUGAGUGACCUCCAGCGACCAGUAGAAACAAUCAGUAUAUCACAGUCUUCUGCUUUGGCAGUCACAGGCAUGAUCUGGUCUCGAUACUGCUUAGUUAUUAUCCCCAAGAACUAUAGUCUGUGCAGUGUAAAUGUCUUUGUCGCCCUGACAGGACUUUAUUCUCUCUCAAGAGCUAUAAGGUACCAGCUCCAACUAAAGGAAAAGGGAAACAAUGGAAGGACGCAAGAACAAAAAAUGCUUUUAUGAAAGAAGUUUUUGUGUGUGUACAUAUGGAAGGAGUGGACUACUAAUUUAUUUGGCUACGUAUAUAGCAGAGGCAUCAGCAAAAUAAAAGAUUAAUGACACUGUAUAGUAAUCCUUUUACUUGGUUUAGGGUACAUUCCAUAGUAACCAUGCAUAUGUCACCUCAGAAAUCCACUUCCCAGCCUUAAAAAAUAAUAGCAACUGCUGCAUGAUGAAACUGUUUGUAAUUUAAAGAGUUGACUUCUUGUAGAUAAAGCUAUUACUUUUACUACAGCUAUUAACAAUGUUAAUUUACAUUAUUUAAAUGCAGAAUUUGCUCAAAUUAGAAAAGAAGACUGACAUUAAUUUAGUGUAUAUAAGUCUGCAUUAGAAUAUAAAUAUUUAGAUGUUAUAUGUUGUAUUGAAAUGUAAAAAUAUAUGGAAGUAACAUUUCUAAAAUGUUCAUGAAAUUGAAAAUAAAGUAUGAUUGUAUAUUUUGUGAGUACAAAUCUUAACUUUACC